GGGCGCGCCGUAGCCGCGGGGCCCCAGCCGGGCGCUACGCUACGGAAGCGGCGCAGGGCGCGGCGCGGGCUGGGCCCGGUCGUGGUGCUUGCCGGCUCUGCCACUCAGUGCGGGAGGCCAUCGGGGCAGCGCGCCGGCGGCACAGGGGCCGUCCUGCCCUUCGAGAACAAGUUGUGGGCCGGCCGGCGCAGACGAGCGGGCCCGUGCCGCGGGGACUGAGGAGGCGCCGCGGGGUUGUGGAGUGGCCCUGACUGGACUGGCUCCGGGAGGAGAGGAGGGCCAUAACCCACAAGAAUUUGUGACCGGACCAUGGGCAACAGGACCCCAGUGAGACCAGGCCCGAGAGUUUGGGGUCUUGCAGCUUGGUGCUGUGUUAUGCUGUCGGGGAACUGGGGCUCAGCCCAGCUGCCCUGUCUCCGGUGUGGGUGCUCCAUGCUCCACCUCGCCCGCCACCGCCGGCCACAUGUGACCAGGCCCGGCUCUCAGCGUGGCCACUGUCGCGGAGGCCAUGGGGAGCUCCGCCUCCUCGCUGGCCGCCGAGACCGAGUCGGACCACGGCUUCCCCGGGGGACCGUCCUACCCAGGGCCCCCGGCAGCAGCCGGCUGGUGUAGGAGUGGCCCCGGGGGGCCUGUCUGGGGCAGCACCCUGGUCACCCGGCAGCAUCAGCCCCCACGCCCCCGGGCCCAAAGCCACACGCACUCGCCUGGGCCCAUGGCCGCAGUUGGGGAGUGGUCCUGUGCACGCUGCACCUUCCUGAACCCUGCCGGCCAGCGCCAGUGCUCCAUCUGUGAGGCUCCCCGACACAAGCCUGACCUCGACCAGAUCCUGCGGCUCAGCGUGGAGGAGCAGAAGUGGCCCUGUGCCCGCUGCACAUUCCGUAACCUCCUGGGCAGGGAGGCCUGCGAGGUGUGUGGCUUUGCCCCGGAGCCCGUCCCUGGGGCCUCCCUGCUGCCUGUCAUCAACGGGGUCCUGCCUAAGCCACCUACUGUCCUGCUGGAGCCCAAGGGCAGCUGCAAGGAGGAGGCGGGGCCAGUGCUGACAGCAGGGUCUGUGGAACCAGCUGGGGGGCAGCCUGAGGAAGAGCAGGAAGAGGAAGAAGGGGAAGGUGGGGAGGCGGCAGCAGAGCCUGGGAGCGGCUGGGCCUGCCAGCGCUGCACACUGCACAACACGCCCGUGGCCAGCUCCUGCUCUGCCUGCGGGGGCCCCCGGAAACUCUCACUGCCCAGGAUCCCUCCUGAGGCCCUGGUGGUCCCCGAAGUCCUGGCUCCUGCUGGCUUCCAUGUCACACCUGCCCCACCGCAGCCAGGGGAAGGCAUCGAAGCUGACCCUCCCUCUGCUGUCGACCAGGAGCCCCCCCGGGGGCCACCCUUCAGUCCCUUCUUGCCCACCCUUCAGAACAACCCUGUGCCUCGCAGCCGCCGCGAGGUGCCCCCCCAGCCGCAGCCACUGGUGCCUGAGGCCACCCAGCCCUCCCCCUCUCCCAGCUCCAAGGGGCCCCCACAGGGCCUGGGACGGACCAUGGCUGGGGCUUCCCGUCUAGCAGAGCUGCUCUCCGGCAAGCGGCUGAGCUUCCUGGAGGAGGAGGUGGCCGAGAGUGGCCCCACGUUGCGCCCACCUGGCCCUGCCAGCCCAGCCCACUGUGAGGCUGGCGGGGCCGUGCCAGGCAGCGACGUCAUUGACCUGGCAGGUGAUACUGUGCGCUACACACCUGCCAGCCCCUCCAGCCCCGACUUCACCACCUGGUCAUGUGCCAAGUGCACGCUCAGGAACCCCACGGCGGCCCCACGGUGCACAGCAUGUGGUUGCUCCAAGCUGCACGGCUUCCAGGAGCACAGUGAGCCCUCCGCCCGCUGCCCCAACUGCAGUGCGGACAAGUCCGGGCCCUGCUCAGCCCACAAGGCCAGCCGCCUCUUCCCCAUAGCACCACCUGAGCGCCCAGGCCAGUGGGCCUGCCCUGCCUGCACUCUCCUCAACACAUCCCGGGCCAAGCACUGUGCCGCCUGCCACACUCCCCAGCUUCUGGUGGCCCAGCGCCGGGGUGCAGCGGCCCUGAGGCGCAGGGAGAGCAUGCAUGUGGAGAAGCGGCGGCAGACAGACGAGGGCGAGGCCAAGGCCCUGUGGGAGAACAUCGUGGCCUUCUGCCGGGAGAACAGUGUGAACUUUGUGGACGACAGCUUCCCCCCUGGGCCCAAGUCUGUGGGCUUUCCUGCGGGCGACAGCGUCCAGCAGCGUGUGCGACAAUGGCUGCGGCCCCACGAGAUCAAUUGCUCCGUGUUCAGGGACCAUGGCACCUCGUGGUCUGUGUUCCACACUGUCCGGCCCUCGGACAUCCUACAGGGCCUCCUGGGGAACUGCUGGUUCCUGAGUGCAUUGGCGGUGCUGGCCGAGCGGCCUGACCUGGUCGAGCGGGUGAUGGUCACACGCAGCCUGUGUGCAGAGGGCGCCUACCAGGUGCGGCUCUGCAAGGAUGGCACAUGGACGACGGUGCUGGUGGAUGACAUGCUGCCCUGUGAUGAGGCCGGCUUCCUCCUCUUCUCACAGGCUCAGCGCAAGCAGCUGUGGGUGGCCCUCAUCGAGAAGGCACUGGCCAAGCUGCACGGCUCCUACUUUGCCCUCCAGGCCGGGCGUGCCAUCGAGGGCCUGGCCACGCUUACUGGUGCCCCCUGUGAGAGCCUGGCCUUGCAGGUCAGCUCUACCAACCCCCGCGAGGAGCCUGUGGACACUGACCUCAUCUGGGCCAAAAUGCUGAGUUCUAAGGAGGCUGGGUUCCUCAUGGGCGCCUCCUGUGGGGGGGGCAAUAUGAAGGUGGAUGAUGCUGUGUACGAGAGCCUAGGCCUGCGCCCCCGCCAUGCCUAUUCCAUCCUGGAUGUCCGGGAUGUACAGGGCUCCAGGCUCUUGCGCCUCCGGAACCCGUGGGGCCGCUUUUCCUGGAAUGGCAGCUGGUCAGACGAAUGGCCACACUGGCCGGGGCACCUGCGGAAUGAGCUCAUGCCGCACGGCAGCAGCGAGGGCGUUUUCUGGAUGGAGUACAGUGACUUCAUCAGGUACUUCGACUCUGUGGACAUCUGCAAGGUGCACUCAGACUGGCAGGAGGCACGGGUGCAAGGCUGCUUUCCCAGCUCAGCCAGCGGGCCUGUGGGCGUGACAGCCCUCACAGUGCUGGAACGGGCAUCCCUGGAGUUUGCUCUUUUCCAAGAGGGCAGCAGGCGCACGGACUCAGUGGACAGCCACCUCCUGGACCUUUGUGUACUGGUGUUCCGGGCAUCCUUUGGCAGUGGUGGCCGCCUGAGCCUGGGCCGCCUGCUGGCCCACAGCAAACGGGCCGUCAAGAAGUUCGUCAACUGCGAUGUGAUGCUGGAGCCCGGCGAAUAUGCCGUGGUGUGCUGUGCCUUCAACCACUGGGGCCCCACGCCGGGUCCACCGGCUACGCAGGCCUCUAGCCCUUCAGUGGGGGUCCCGAGGAGCACCCCAGAGCCGCCUGGCCACGUACUGGCCAUAUACAGCUCCAGGCUUGUCAUGGUGGAGCCUGUGGAGGCCCAGCCGACCACACUAGCUGACGCUAUCAUCCUGCUCACGGAGAGCAGGGGCGAGCGGCACGAGGGACGCGAGGGCAUGACCUGCUAUUACCUGACGCAUGGCUGGGCGGGGCUCAUCGUGGUGGUUGAGAACCGGCACCCCAAGUCGUACCUGCACGUGCAGUGCGACUGCUCAGACAGCUUCAACGUGGUGUCCACACGCGGUAGCCUGCGCACCCAGGACAGCGUCCCGCCCCUGCACAGGCAGGUCCUGGUGAUCCUGUCCCAGCUGGAGGGCAAUGCCGGCUUCUCCAUCACCCACCGCCUGGCGCACCGCAAGGCAGCCCAGGCCUUCCUCAGCGACUGGACAGCUUCCAGGGGCAGCCACAGCCCCCCACUCACCCCCGAGGUUGCUGGCCUACAUGGGCCCCGGCCGCUGUGACCGCCCCACGCCUACCUGCCUGCCCCCACACGCACUUUAUGAGGGAGACCCCAACACAGGACGCUUGAACCAGAAUCUCAGGACCCAACCUAGGGAGUGCCAGCCGCAGGGUGCAGCUUCCCCUGGGCCUUCCUCCCUGCCCCUUCCUCCUGUCCAGGGCCUCCCAGCCCAAGCAGAAUACCUCGAACUGGCCUUUAGCUCAAAGGGGCUAUGUGGCAGCCCCUCUGACCAGCCCACCUUGAGGUCGGGCUCAGACUGCUAGGGCCUCCUUCCUGGGUGAGGCAGCCAAGAGCUCCAUUCAAAGAACCAAAUCUGGGCGGUUCAAAGGCCAGGACCCCAGAGUGAGAGCAGAGACCAGCCCCUCUGUGGGAUUCAGAGGCCAGGAUGCUGGGGUGAGCAGGGACCAGAAGCCGGGACCCCAGGAUGAGAACAGGGACCACCUCUUUGGGGGGUCACAGGCCAGAACCCCAGGGCGAGAGCAGGGACUACUCCCCUAGUGGGGCAUGAGGUCAGGAGCUUUUUCUCCCCAGUUUGGCCCUGGUAUCCGUCUCCCCCCUCAACCCCCAUGAGGCACGUAGGAGUCCCUGGAGUCCAGCAGUGUGUCCCAGGAAGCAGGUGCCUGGUGACCAUGGGCUCAAACAAGGGUGGGGAGGGACACUAUGCAAUUCCUGGAGCGCCAGCCAGGAUCGAAGCCAUGUCCCGGGCUGCGGUGGGGGCAGCAGGUCAGGUGGGCCUGGGCCCAGCUCUGCUGCUAGGUGAGGUGGGCACCACCUGAUCUCUGCCGGGAGGAACACAGUCCAGCAGAAAUCCUUGGCCAGCCCUAUCCAGGCACACACAGGGUGCGGCCCCUCCCAGCCUCUCCCCACCUCAGAAGCCCAGCAUCCUCCCCAUGGCUGCUCUGCCCUGAGUUCUGUAUCUGCCCAGGAACGUCUGAGGCCAGCUUCCCCGAGGCCCACCCGGCCCCCUGCCCUGCGCCCCCAGGUAGCAGGUGGCCCUGCCCACUGCCCCUCACUUCCCAUGGGGCUUGCAGGGGGUGGGCUUACACCUGGAGAAGCAACCAGAAGCACUAGGCUACCCCUUGGGCCUCCUUUAUACUUUCUCCUUUUACCUGAGCUGUGAGUAUUUUUAACCCUGUACAUACGGCAGCUCUUCUGACACAGAGACUAUUUUAUCAAUUGUCAGUACCAUCCCUAUAGGAUGACUCCAUGGGUGUUCCCAGACUCAGGCUCCGAAGGACCAAAUAAAAAUGUUUUGUUUUGUAA